ACUCGCUAGACGCUAUUCCGUUGCUUUGGGAACUCUCGUUCUGUUAGAGAAAACAAAUUGUCAUUCAUUGAGAAUAGAAAUGACACGGUCGGAACCGUUUCCAGAGGGCAGUAGCAGUAGCAAAUCCAGUACCAACCACAAUGGACCCCAUCGAAAUAAUACACACGUCAAACUGAAAGCUGCCCAAAUCGUGCUCGGUUUGCUGGUUCUGGUGCUGGUCCGUCCUCGUUUCCGUGAUGCCAACAUUGAGUAUUUCCAAAUAUUUGUGGCCUUCAAUAGCACCCUGUUGACGGCUUUGCUUCUCUGCAACAAAGUUCGUCGAUCGCUCGAGCUGGAUCGUGUUUUCCGAGGACUGGAAUUGUACUACACCGGAACGGUGGCCACGUUGUAUUACAGCACGGCUUUCGGAAUGCUACUCUACUACGUCGGUUAUUACAAUCCCAGAACAAACAUUCUGGCAGGAUUGGUCGGAUUACUGGCCGGUUUUGUGUACGGACACAACUGGUUACUGCUGUACCGGGAACAAGUAUUGACUCGAUUGGCGACGGAUUGUUGUGUACAAGAGUUGGUUUAAUGCAUUGCCAGAAUGGUGGAGGAUUUCUUAUCUUAUCUUGUGUGCACAACGCACAAUCGCAGACCAACCGAUUGCUAUAUUCCAUAUAGCAUGUACGCUUGGUGGAACUCGUAUAACUUUCGUGAUGUUUACUUGAAGAGUUCGUUCUUCGCGAUUCUGUGUGAGUAUCGUUUUUAUUUUUCGAUGUAACCAGAGAUGCCAUUUGUACAGUAUUAUAUGUAUUAUACAGAUUUUUACAUGCGCAUAAAGAUUUCUCAAAAAAAUGGAAAGAACAAAUUAUACUUUUUCGUCUAAGCUCUCCGGUAGUAGUGUAUGUAUUCAGUAGAUUUUUGAAGAUCAGCACUGAUUUAUAAAGAUUUUGUUUAUUUUGGGAGCAGAGAAAAGCCCGAUGGAGAUGAAAUUUGGCAAUCUCUCUCUCCAACAGGCAUAAAACCUCCUCAUCUUUUGUAUCAACAGAUUACAAUGAUCCAACAGAUACAAUAAGGCUUAACACUAAUAAUAAAAACUAAUAGUUAAAACUAAACCUAUAACCCUAUAUCUAGUUGAUGACACCAGGCACUACAGGGCAGCAAGAGAAAAAUUGAUAGGUAAAUGGAUGAAGAAGGUAGGUGGAGGGGGUGGAAAGUAAGCGUGGGCGAACAACGGGGUUAGAAUCGGCAUGUAGAUCUAAUUAGUGAUCGAAAAGAUGGCGGAAGGCGGAGAGAAAGACGGGGUUAGAAUCGGCUAGUAGAUCUAAUUAGUGAUCGAAAAGAUGGUGGAAGACGGAGGAAAGAAGGGAGUGCGAGCGGGUUAGUAUUUGCAAGCGAAUCUGAUUAGUUUCCUACGGUGAUGGGAGAAAGACCUAGUGAGUUGAACAAAACUACAAACGGUUAAAGACAAAUCCUGAUCCUGAGUUAAUCUAACAAGUUACAAUGAAACAAUCGUUUGAUCAUAUUUCAAGUUAGAUGAAAGUCGAAAACAUUGGAGCAGCUAUCGUAUGUUCUGCACAUACUGCAAAAUGUUUCAUUGUAGCCAUAAUUUGUUCGUGCAAUGGGUAAACUCAAGAAACGAUGAGAGCGUAGACAGAUAGCAGAUCCAGGUCAAUAAGCUUACAACGAUCUUUGUAGCUAGAUUAGUGGGAUCCCUCCAAGGUAAAUCGCGCAGAGCGAAUCUCACAAAUUUACGCUGGAUAGCUUCGAUGCGUGCAAUGUCGAUUUGAUAGUGAGGUGCCCAGAUAACAGCUGCAUAUUCUGGCGUCGAACGGACAAGAGCACAAUAUGAUGCCUUAAGACAGUGUACAUUAGUAAAGCUCUUGGUAACACGAAAGCCGAAACCCAAGAUCUUGGAGGCCUUUGAAAUCACAUAAUCGAUGUGACUUUUGAAGUCCAAGAUGCUAUAGUCGUAGGUAAUCAGCGAGCGUUUACGAGUAAACGACAAAACGGAACACU